AUGAAUGACGAUUCGUUUGAUGGAGACGUCGAUCUAAAAUAUAACAGUGAUGAUUAUUUAAAGGGAAGAAACGAGGAUGAUGAAAUUAAAGUGUUUUUAGAAGAAAAGUAUAGGUUCAAGAAUGAUAAUACAUCUACGAGAUAUAGAAUAACAAACGGGUAAAUUCCAGUGUUUCCAGAAACGGACAGCGAACGGCAUCUAGCAUGGGCGUUCAGGGCAUAUGCCGUGCGACGCAUCGUCGGCGGCAUGGAGACCAGCAUAUGCAUGUACCCCUACAACGUGGCUAUAUCCAGGAACGGGAAGCACUGGUGCGGAGGCUCUAUUAUCGAUGAGCAGUGGGUGCUCACAGCUGGACAUUGUAUGGAAUCGGCGUUUGAUAGUAAUAAGAAGAAACUCCAACCGUUCAUCAUCAGGGCAGGAAGCUCCUUCCAUAAUCGAGGUGGUUACCAGGCCAGAGUCAAUAAGGCGUUCUUUCCAAAGGACUAUUCCCCAGGGAACGCAGACUUUGACUUCGCCCUGCUUCGCCUGGACAGACCAAUGCCGAUCGGCAGGAAUAUAGCAGUUUUGAACCUACCGUCCCGAGACUAUGUUAUUAAGUCCAAUGAUAUUCUGAUUGUUACCGGCUGGGGAAGCACUGAUGAAUCUGGUUACGGCCACAUCCCGGAUCGGAUCCGUUUCGUCCCCGUCCCGGUGAUGAAACUUGAUGAAUGUCAGAAGGCGUACCGGUUCUAUAUAACACCGAGAAUGCUGUGCGCAGGCUACGCGACUGGAGGGAAAGACGCAUGUAACCACGACUCUGGCGGGCCAGCAGUGCGUGACGGUGUUCUCUUGGGAAUCGUAUCGUUUGGCGGCAAACAGUGUGGUGACCCACGCUCACCAGGUGUCUACAGCCGAGUGACUGAAAUAACAGAGUGGGUUGAAGAAACUGUUACAGCCAAUGAGGCGCACACCGUACCAGAACUAAAGGCUAAGAUAGAAAAAGCACGGCAAAGGGAACGGGAGCUGCAGAAAUUCAAAGCCCGCGUAGAAGACAAGAAAAACAAAAUAAAGAGCUGGCUGCGUGAGACACUACAGUCUCCCACAUUCCUAGAGCUCGCUAAGAAGAAACUUCGAGAAGGCGGCUUCAACAUACGAAAGAAGUAUCGCCGGGCUGACAUCGAACCAGAUUCUAUAAUGGACGACAAAACUAUGGACGAAGUUAAUCUAUCGAAUUUAAUAAACGAGAGAAUUCUAGAAACGGACGAAGAAAAUGAAGCGGAGGUUUUGUUGCGUACACUGGCGAUGAAAGAGGUUAUGUUUGAUGAAGGUGGGGUUUAUGAAGAGAGAGAGAGAGAUGUGAGUAUGGACAGUGAUGAGGCGAUUGAAGCUCUGGUUGCUUAUAUAAGCAAAUAA